AUGUACAAAACACCAGCUCCCAUAUUUCGCAAACAGCGACCAGGCGCUCCGCCUUCUUCUGCGAUACCCUCAUCCUCUCCCGCCUUUGGCACUCCUGUUCAUCCUCUCAAGCCCUUUGCCGUCAACGCUCCCAAGGCCGCCAUCCUACCAAUCAUUCUUCCGCCGCCUACACUACGACCUCUUGCCUUUCGCACGUUUACAAAGAAGCACUCCCUUACCCUUACAUCAUCCGCUCUUCAAGAACUUGCGUCCUUCAUCGGGAGGCAUUGCGGUUCAGGAUGGCGAGAAGAGGGCCUGGCUGAGAGGGUGCUCGAGGAGGUGGCGCGCAGCUGGAAGAACCGAAAUGGAGGUGUCAUUGUUGAAGGGACGAGCAAGGAGCUACAGGAGAUCCUCAAGGCGCUCGAGGGGAACAUGAGUGGUGGCAGAAUAACAGGUCCAGCGAGGGGACUCCCACGGGGUGACAGCAUGCUCGAUAUUAGGGAUAACGAGGCGCUGAACACGAGACUGGGACUACGGCCGGCAGAGCCCAUGACGGACGAUGCCAACAAGAGCUUUGGAAUGUCGGGGUUGGGUGUGGAAGAAGAGCCUGAGGAAGAGAAUACCAAGGAUCCUAGGGCAUGGCUCAAGAUCAUCAACGCCUAUGAGCAGCCGAGGUUGAUAUACAAUGUCAGCAAGAAACACUUUGAAAGGGACACUUCGUCGCCUUCAUUAUUACCAGCAGCAUCACAUAAAACCACAGUCUUCCGCAACCGCUACAAUGUCAUCCACCAACGCCUCCUCCGAAACGAAUCCUUCCAGACCUCAGCCGUCUCCUCCUCUCGCAAGCGCACUCUUCAGCGAUCUCUAUCCAAUCAGCAAUCCCUUAAACUCACACCAAUUGCCAACCUGUUGGGUCGUCAUGGUAGUAGUCACAUGUUGCUAGGCCUGCUGGUCAUCCUCCCUACUGGCGAUCUUGCUAUCAGCGACUUGACGGGCACUAUCGCUCUGGACCUCUCUCAAGCUGUGGCUAUCCCUGAAGACUCAGCCUGGUUCUGCCCCGGUAUGAUUGUCCUAGUGGAUGGUGUUUACGAGGAGGAAGAUGAAUCUGUGGGCAAAGGUCUCAGCGGCAGCAGCGGUGUUGGAGGUACACUGGGUGGCCGAUUCCAAGGCUUCUUUAUCGGCCAGCCUCCGUGUGAGAGACGCAAGGCAACCCUUGGAAUUAGCGGCCCUGACGGCGGCCAGGAGCAGACCAUAGGAGGUGGCUUCGGCUGGAUCGACUUUCUCGGUGUGGGCAGCGAGCGUGCUUGCGGUACCAAGAUGAGGAGGCUUGAACAGCGUCUCCUUCGUGCCCGAGAUGAAGAGGAUGAUGCGCCACCUCGUGGCCGCGUGGUCAUCAUUGGUGAGCUCAACCUCGACCAACCUCGGACUCUCCAAGCCCUGCGCAAGAUCCUCUCCACAUACGCAUCUGAGCCUGAGGGCUCGGCACCCCUUACAUUUGUCCUGAUGGGCAACUUCACACAGCAUUCUGUUCUAGCGCGUGGUGGCAGUGGCGGAAGUAUCGAAUACAAGGAAUACUUUGACGCUCUCGCCUCGGCCCUCUCCGACUACCCUACCCUCCUCCAGUCAUCCACGUUUGUCUUUGUCCCCGGCGACAAUGACGGCUGGGUCUCUGCUUUUACCGCCGGUGCUUCUGUGCCCAUACCCCGGAAGCCCGUCCCGGACAUGUUCACAUCCCGCAUCCGCCGCGCCUUUGCAACGGCCAACGCCGAGGCAGGGAGCAAGUCUGAUGGUUCUGUCAUUUGGACGUCCAAUCCCAGCAGGCUCAGCUUGUUUGGUCCUAAUCACGAACUCGUCCUCUUCAGGGACGAUGUGUCUGCUCGCCUGCGUCGAACAUCCGUGCGACUCAAGCCCAAGACUCAUGAUGCCAAUGUCGACGACUCGCAGCAACCCCCUGAAUCAUCUCGAGAUAAAAGACAACCCUCCGAACCUAUGGAUCUUGAUGCAGCCCACCAUGAUGACCCAAUCACCACUGAUACUGCAUCCCCGGCUACUCCCCUCAUCCCCCAUGAUGUCCACGCGGCACAGAAACUCGUCAAGACUCUUCUUGAUCAGGGUUACCUCGCCCCCUUCCGCCAAACCAUCCGUCCUGUUCACUGGGACUACGCCUCAGCGCUGCACCUGUAUCCGCUACCCACGGCCAUGGUCCUCCUUGACACGACGGCACCACCUUUCUGUGUCACAUAUGAAGGGUGCCAUGUCAUGAACCCUGGCAGUGUACUCGUACCAGGACGCAAGGGUGUUGGACGAUGGGGAAUGCGCUUUCUGAGCCAUAUGUAA